UCCAUUUCCCAUAAGUCGGGAAAUCCCUACGCUUCCAUAUGGCGACCCCCUGCGACAAUGUGGAAAAUGUUGUGGGGACACUAAGGGAGUCUUUAAAGUCGUUAGGCUUUGAAGUUUAUCCUUUCAAGAUUGGAUGGUACAAUGCAGUUGUUUCUCAGGCCCAUCACCUCCAGUAUUCAGCAGACACUCUGGCAGUGGUAGUUCUGAGCACCCCGUCCAUGUUUGAGAACUUAUUCCUACCAUUCCUACAGGGAUGUUCCUGGAAAGGCAUCAGCGAUCCUAUAGACCAAUGUGUAGCUCAUGCCAUCUCCACCUGUGUCUCUGAGCAUUUUCCUGAUCGAUCUGUGGACAUCAUUUAUGAUUAUGAGGUGCUGCCCAGCCGAAAACCAAAAUUUCUGGCUCAGACUGCAGCUCAUGUAGCAGGAGCAGCACGCUACUACCAGCAGUCAGAUAUCCAAGAUCCACCAUGGGAGAACAAGAAGAUGUUCGGAGUGUGUAUACACCCUCGGCUGGGGGGCUGGUUUGCCAUCCGUGCUCUGCUGGUGUGGAAGGAUGUUGAAGUGGGUGAAGAAAUGCAUCAGGUAGCUCCCACUGACUGUGUUAGCUCACAGGAGGCCAGGAUAGAGCUGCUGGAGAGAUUUAACUACCACUGGCAGGAUUGGACCUACAGAAACAUCAUACCUGCGGAAGAGAGCUAUUCUCCUUGGCAGCAAGAGUAUUUUAUUACUCCUCCAGCUCAGCGGGGGGCGCUGCUCAAGCAGUGGGGCUUUCUCCCAGAGACAGACUCUGAAGUGCAGUCUUCAAUCAACAAACAGUGAUGACUGCAGGUAGAGGAAGAAUACUCUACUGCAGACUUUGCUUCAAUGAAUGACUUUUAGUGUACAUAAGAAGUGUAAAUUGUCUACAUUUAGAUAAGAAGUGCAAUAAGUAAUUGUAUAAGGAUGGAUGAAUCUCUUGUAGCCAUAAGCCUACAGAUGGCUGAUUCCACAAAAACUUGCACACAUUACUGUAUUUGAUUGUGAUUUACUUCUUGUUAUUGACAAAACUGACUAAAUCAAACAUUAAAAAACAGAAAUGCACAGUAA